AUGACGAACUGCAUCUGGCUGCUGGCCCUUGUGGUGGCCAUUAAUGCCCGCUCGCUGCAUGUGCCGCAUGGAUAUGGCAUUCCCCAUCGUCCUCCUCCGCAUAGUCCGUACUAUUACGCGCCCUAUAGCUAUGCGAGUGCUGGAGCCUUUGCUGGCUACGGCUAUCGGUCGCGUCCUACGCUCUACAAUCCCCCGGGCAGUUAUUACGACAGCAAUUACGGCGUACACAGAUUCCUGCCAGGUGGCGGAAAUCCUGUAACAGUGGACUACAACAAUCGUUGCUCAAGGAACUACGUGGGCAUUAAGCCUCAUCCGGAUCAACAGCAAUACUACUAUGUCUGCCAGCCCAACUGUGUGAUCUUUAGCAAGUGUCCCGAACUGAAGAAAUUCAACUCCAGCACUGGCCGUUGUGUGGAACGUGUGAAUCCUGAUUAUCCACCUAUUUGCAAGAAGGAGGGUCGCUUUUCUUAUCAGCACGAUUGCCGAAUCUAUUACAAAUGUGAUCGGCAUUUGACGCCACAGCUUUACGGUUGUCCCACGGGCACAAUAUUCUCGCAACUGGAGGGCAAAUGUAUACCUGGCGAUGAGUGUCCUUCGACAGAGAUCUCUAACAGCGGCAGCUACAUACCAGAGAACUGUGAGCUCAAGUUUCCCGAAUGCACGGCGGAGGGCACGUUCAGAUCACCCAAGGAUUGCGCCCUGUACUACAGCUGCAAGCUGCAGCCGAGUGGAAACUAUUUGCAAACACGUUUCAAAUGUCCUGGCAACAACAGCUACGACCCGAAACGGAAACUUUGCCGACCACAUCAUGAAGUCGAUUGCCAAGGAUAUCUAUCCUAUGCGCCUAUGUCGCCUUACCAGCCAUAUAUCUCCGAGGCGGACUUUGACACAGGGGCACCAGAAAAGCAGCCAGAGUUGAGCUCGUUACCCGAGGACUCUAAAGUAGCAAACAUUGAAGAUCCAAAACAAAGCAUUAAGAUAGUUAUAUUGCCUACAAAGCCUACGCCGCAGCCGACGCCACAGCCGACGCCGACAUCGACGUCAACAACUGUUGCCACGCCUACUGCACCCACCUAUAAAUACCCCGAGUAUCCAUCGUAUCCAUCCACAGCCCCAACCACAACUGCAAGUCCAACUAUCAAAAACACGCACACUCCGACUGUGAAGAUAGAAUUUAAGCCGGAGAUGCAGCCGUCAGGCAUCGCUUUUAGAAGUUUAAUCCAGAAGAAAAUUGUGAUAUUGCCACCGGCGCCCGCAACCAGUACGACAGAUGCACCAUCUACAACUGCGGAGCCAACAACAACAACCACUCAGAGGACGACAACACCGCCUAAGCCAACGCCCACUAAGCCAACUCCCAACCCAACAACAACUCAAACACCUUCAACAACAACUGCGACUUCCACAACAACUCCAAAGCCAACGACAACUGUUAAACCAACAACUCAACCAACAACAACCACUCAAUCAACAACUCCAAAACCAACAACAACUCCGAAACCAACAACUCCGAAACCAACAAAUCCGAAACCAACAACUCCGAAACCAACAACAACUACUCAAUCAACAACAACCACUCAAUCAACAACAACCACACAACCAACAACAACUCCGAAACCAACAACUCCGAAACCAACAACAACUCCUCAAUCAACAACAACCACUCAAUCAACAACAACCACACAACCAACAACAACCACUCAAUCAACAACAACCACACAACCAACAACGACUCCGAAACCAACAACAACUCCUCAACCAACAACAACUCCUCAACCAACAACGUCUAAGCCAACUACAAAUACUCCAAAGCCAACAACAACUCUCAAGUCAACAACUUCUAAAAGAACAACGACCAACAAGGUUACGACUCCAAAACUAACUACUACAAGUCCUAAGCCAACCACAACUAGUCAGGCCACAACUACGCCGAAACCAACAACUCCCAAGCCAACAACUAGCAAAUCGACAACCACAACUCCUAAGCCAACUACAACCACUCCGAAGCGUACAACAACAACUCCGAAGCCAACUACAACCACUCCGAAGCGUACAACAACUCCGAAGCCAACUACAACCACUCCGAAGCCUACAACAACAACUCCGAAGCCAACUACGACAACAUCAAAGCCAACAACUGUUCAACCAGUAACAACUAGCAUUCUUACCACAAAUCCCAAGCCAAAAACUACCCCGAACCCAACCACAACUCCCAAGACAACAACGACUCCCAAGACAACAACAACACCUCAGCCUACGACAACUACUAAGCCAACGACAACUCCUAAACCAACAACAACUCCUAAACCAAUAACUCCCAAGCCUACGACAACACCUCAGCCUACGACAACUCCUAAACCAACAACUCCUAAGCCAACAACAACCCCAAGACCAACGACUCCAAAGCCAACAACCAAACAACCAACAACCUUACCACCAACAACUAGUACAACCACAACACCUGGGCAGAACACCACUGAAGUAACAACAACCACCAAACUACCGCCUUGUCAACCUGAAGAGACCGAAACACAAUUUGCUAUUAGCAAGUCGAGCAAAAGUCUUUUUGGGGAAAGUGAUUCGCAAGCCUCGCUCUUAUCCCAGAACUUAGUUUCCAGCGAGCUUAGCUUAGAUUAUAUGAACGAUGAGCCCGCGCCGGAAGCGGAGAGCACCACAGUCAAGUGGACAACUAUGAAACCACUAGCAAAACCCUCGACCAUGUCCAGCUUAGCUGCAGCACAUAUACUCCACAAGCUAUUCCAGGUAAUAUCGACAACAGCAGCGCCGGGAUCUAAGGUGACAUUUGCCCAAAUGGCGAAGCACAAUUUGGCCACAUCAAAGCCCUUUAUCGCCGCAUCCUUGAGGCAGUCAAUUAAGCAGUUGACCCAGGAACUACCAAAACCACAAACUACCAGCAGAGCUGCUGAAGAAGAUUCCGAGUACUAUGAUAGCGAAUACGAUACGAAUGAGCUGGAGAAUGUGUUGGAUAAGCAUGAUCUGAAAGAUAAGCUAUCAAUGAACAGUACAGUUAGCACCACAAAGAGCACCACAACGACUUUGAGCUCAGUUGAGAGCACAACCAAACCAAUGUCCAUGUCAGCUAUUGCCGUGGAUCCGCUAGAGACCAGCUCCAGUGUGCCUGUGCCAGCUGUGGCUAAUGCCACCGUUUUCAAGUCCAAUGACAAAGAUUACUCCGAAAACUAUGUGGAUUCGGACUAUGCCAAUGAUGAGCCCAUGGAGGAGCCGCAAGAAACCACCGCAAAACCCGACUUGAAUGCCCAAAAGCAGACGCUAAUCCAACUGCUAAAGCAGAAAUUAAUCCAAGCAGCCAACACCGUAACGCCCGCACCACUAAGCACCAGCACCACAAAGACAACCAACUUGUUGGCUAAUGAAAUUGCGAGCAACAGUAAAGACUUAAGCGUGCCAAAAAGCUUAUUGAUGAGUCUACUAAGACAGAAGCUGAGCAGAACGAGCACCACUUCAGCUCCUCUCAGCAGCAGCACAAGUGCUGGCACCACAGCGCGCACCACAACAACCAAGAGCUUAAAUGCAAUCGCUAGCAACUCAGAAUACUAUGAUGAUGAGGAUUAUGAGUAUGUAAACGAUGCCGAGGACACAGACAGAGCCACGGGCGCAGCAACAGAAGCCGCCAUUAAGCAGACAGCGCUUAGAGCCGCCACAGCCAAAAGACACUCCAUACACCCGUCUCUCAACGAAGCGAACGGGCUAACGAGCGAGGCCAAGAAGCAACAAAGCUCCGAGACUUUUGCAUUUAAGCCACAAAGUGUACCGCUGCCAGUACCCGCAUUUCUCAAGCAAUCAGCCAAGCAAUUUAAUGAAAUAUCAAAGCAUAAAUCAAAGAAUCAGAAUUUUUUAGAUAGCAACAGCAUAGUAAAAGCCAAAACAGCAACCACAGUAGCUACAAGCAAUGCCCGCACCACACAGCCAACCAAACGCCAAGAGAUCAAAGACAAUUCCACACAGCAACUGAAAUCAAACAGCACCACAGUAAAACCCAAAACAACAACCACCAGCACAAAUACUCGCAACACACAGCCAAAAGCAGCAGUAGCCACACGCCAAGAGCAGCUCACACUUAGAGAAAAUGCUGCUCAGCAACUCAAAUCAAUCAACAGACUAAGCCCUACAACAGCCACCAGCACCACUCGCAACACAACAACAUCAACAGCAGCAAACACACGCCAAGAGAUGUUCACACUUAAAGAAAAUUCUACACAGCCAUUGACACUAAACAACAACCCUAAAGCAGCAACAACAACAACCACCAGCACCACAGAAUCGAUUCCUAAAGAGAAUUCCAGAAAUACACGUCAAGAAACACCACAGACGCUGCAAAGUCUAAGUCAAGUUAAAGACACCGUAGCAACCACACGCACCACUCAACAGCCAAAAGUGGCGGCAGCAGCAUCCACACACCAAGAGAUUUUAACGGUUAAUAAAAAGCCGUGGCUGCUGCAGUCAAAGAAUCAAAGCAUACAUCUAAUGCCAUUACAAGCGGCUAGCAAUAGCAACCCAGUGACUCAUACGAAUCGUUCAUCAUUAUUAGAGUAUACAACGGCCGGCUACUAUACGUCAGAAAAGGUGCCCGAACUGAUAUUGAAGGUGUAUGAGCCCAUCGAUGUGAAGGUCGUCUUCUGUCCCAGAAAUUGCGACGAGGAACACGAUCAUAAAUAUGACCCAGCUGAUAAUUAUAAGUCGAAUUGCACGACGGGUUGUGAUACGCCCAAUCCAAAAACUCAUCACAGCGUAGAUUUAUGGUGGAAGCCACUUGAACUGAAGGAUACGGCGGGUUUCCAGACAAUAACAUAG